UCAAGCUGAGGAGAGAAAAAGCCAGAAAUGAGUGAACAACCAGAAGGAACAGCAUAAGAGAAGGAAUAAGAAACAGGGAGACAGAGAGAGAAAGAAGGAGAAUGAUGUAGAGCAAUGGAGAACACACUCCUUCUGGCAACCAUGACAACCGAGGCAAGUGCACACCAAACACGGUGGCUAUGAUACGGGAGAACAUGGAACGAAAGAAAAUGGCAAGAGCAGCUCAUAAUGGCCACCAAUAUGAAGGAUACUUCUUCUUUUAACCCAAAUCAUUUAUGGUGGAUUUUUUUCAUCCUUCUGCUUUUUUGACUGUUUUUUCCUUAUUCAGUCUGUAAUGGUGAAGAGGUGUGAGGGUGAAUGGAAUGCUUUCUGUUGCUGGCCAUCACAGAGUGCUUCCCUCAUUUUCAUGGAGAAAUAUAUUUUAAGUAAAAGUACUUCUAUCUUGGUGGAGUUUUUUUUUUUUUGGAUUUCCUGAGAUGGGCUUAGCCUCACUCACAUCACAUGUUUCUCUUUUGGAACAAAAAAGCCAAACUGGAAAUCACAACUCAUCCUUUUCAAAACUGCACCGAAAAUCAGAAGACGUGAACCAUGUAAAGAUAAUGUCUUUGGAUUUCUGAGAUCUAAAAUUCUCAUGAACCUCAUGGCACAGCUGUACUACAAGAAGGCGAGUUAUUCGCCGUACCGUGACAGGAUACCACUGCAAAUUGUGCGGGCAGAGGCCGAGCUCUCAGCAGAGGAGCGGGCCUACCUAAGCGCAGUGGAGAAGGGGGACUAUGCAGGUGUUAAGAUGGCCCUUGAACAGGCUGAGAUCUAUUAUAAUAUUAAUGUUAACUGCCUGGACCCACUAGGACGCAGUGCUCUUCUAAUUGCCAUUGAGAAUGAGAAUCUGGAGGUAAUGGAGCUGCUGCUGAGUCAUGGUGUGCAUGUGGGAGAUGCUCUGCUCUAUGCCAUCCGCAAGGAGGUGGUGGGUGCAGUAGAGCUGCUGCUAUCCUAUAGGAAACCCAGUGGUGAAAAACAGGUACCUGCACUAAUGAUGGACACCCAGUUCUCAGAAUUCACACCUGAUAUCACUCCUAUCAUGUUGGCUGCACACACCAACAAUUACGAGAUCAUUAAACUGCUUGUGCAGCGCAAGGUUACUGUGCCACGGCCACACCAGAUCCGCUGUGACUGUGUUGAAUGUGUGUCAAGCUCAGAGGUUGACAGUCUUCGUCAUUCACGCUCCCGAUUAAACAUCUACAAGACAUUAGCAAGUCCUUCACUCAUUGCUUUGUCCAGCGAGGAUCCUAUUCUCACAGCAUUCCGUCUAGGCUGGGAGCUGAAGGAGCUCAGCAAGGUGGAGAAUGAAUUCCGGCAGGAGUAUGAAGAGCUCUCACAGCAAUGUAAGCUCUUUGCUAAGGACUUGCUGGACCAAGCAAGAAGUUCCCGUGAGCUAGAGACAAUCCUCAACCACCGUGAUGACCACAGUGAAGAGCUGGACCCCAGGGAAUGCAGAGACCUAGCCAAGCUCAAGUUGGCGAUUAAAUACCACCAGAAAGAGUUUGUGGCUCAGCCAAAUUGCCAGCAACUACUGGCCACACUGUGGUAUGAUGGCUUCCCUGGAUGGCGGCGACGUCACUGGGUUGUUAAGUUGAUAACAUGUUUCACCAUUGGCCUACUUUUUCCUGUCUUCUCCAUUGUCUAUCUGCUGGCACCAAAGAGCACACUGGGACUCUUCAUCAAGAAACCCUUCAUAAAAUUCAUCUGUCACACUGCCUCAUACUUGACCUUUCUCUUCCUCUUGCUCUUGGCCUCACAGCACAUUGUGCAAACUGACCUGCAUGUUCAGGGUCCACCGCCCACCAUUGUGGAAUGGAUGAUCCUACCUUGGGUUCUGGGCUUUAUUUGGGCUGAGAUUAAAGAGAUGUGGGACGGAGGCUUCACUGAAUAUGUUCACGACUGGUGGAACCUGAUGGACUUUGCAAUGAACUCUCUCUACCUAGCCACCAUAUCUCUUAAAAUGGUGGCCUACUUUAAGUACAACAGCUCCCGUCCUCGUGAAGAGUGGGAGAUGUGGCACCCAACACUGAUUGCUGAGGCGUUGUUUGCCAUUGCCAACAUCUUCAGCUCACUUCGGCUCAUCUCACUUUUCACAGCCAAUUCUCACCUGGGCCCACUGCAGAUUUCGCUGGGCCGAAUGUUGCUUGAUAUUCUUAAAUUCCUCUUCAUCUACUGCCUUGUACUCUUAGCCUUCGCUAAUGGUCUCAAUCAACUCUAUUUCUACUAUGAAACUGAAGCAGCAGACGAGCCAAACCACUGCAAAGGCAUUCGCUGUGAGAAGCAGAACAAUGCCUUCUCCACGUUAUUUGAGACACUUCAGUCUCUCUUCUGGUCAGUGUUUGGUCUGCUCAGCCUCUAUGUAACCAAUGUGAAAGCUCGGCAUGAGUUCACUGAAUUUGUUGGGGCCACUAUGUUUGGCACCUACAAUGUUAUCUCACUGGUGGUUCUGCUCAACAUGCUUAUAGCUAUGAUGAACAAUUCCUACCAGCUAAUUGCUGAUCACGCUGACAUUGAGUGGAAGUUUGCCCGCACCAAGCUGUGGAUGAGCUACUUUGAUGAAGGAGGGACACUUCCACCUCCUUUCAAUAUCAUCCCGAGUCCCAAGUCAUUGUGGUACCUGUGUGUAUGGCUGCAUAGCCAUUUCUGUGGUCAAGGACAACCUACCCCUGAUGAACAGCACAAACACGACAACCUCAAAGAGUUCACGGAACGACAUGCUGACAGCCUCAUUCAGAACCAGCAGUAUCAGGAAGUGAUCAAAAAUCUAGUGAAACGAUAUGUGGCGGCCAUGAUCCGCAGAACCAAAACGGAUGAAGGGCUGACUGAGGAAAACUUCAAGGAGCUCAAGCAGGACAUAUCAAGUUUCCGUUAUGAGGUCCUGGACCUGCUGGGCAACCGCAAACCGCCUCGCCGCACCUACUCCUCAAGCAGUGAGGCCACGCAACCUGACGGUGAACAAGACGAUGAGCAAGAUACAGAGAAGCGGAAAAGAGGAGCAAGGCCUGGAGGACAAGCACACUCAAGUUCUGUCUCAUUUGCCCAAGCAGAAAAGAGGAGACGUGAUGGCCAAUUUACUGUUUCAGCUCUUUUCCGCUCUAUGGCAGGUUUGGGGGAUGUGGAUGAUGGACCAAAAAGCAAUGGCUUCAAGAAAAACAGGUGGUCCCCUUCAUUUGUGAGGACAAGUGGUCGCUUGCGGCACUUCUCACGCUCAAAGAAAGACUCAUUGCGCCGUUUGGGAUCACUGUUUCGUCGUGUGAAUGGACAUGUUGUGGAAUCACGAUUCAAGGGUCCCCAACAGCAACAAACCUACAGCAUUUCAGAUGGCGUUUUGCAACUGCCAACAUCCUGGCAGGACUCCCAUGCACAGCCAGAGAACUGGCUGUCAAGAAGCAGCAUGCACCUGCACACACUCAGAGGAGAAUCUGGUGCAAGAGACAAGAAUCAAACUCAGUCAGUGUCCCAGCAGGCAAAUGACACAGACAACCUCCUGCUAAGACCCCCUAGCCUACACUGUGCUUCCAGCCUGACUGCCUCCAGUUCCCGCUUGCUCUCCUCCAGUGAGGAUCUGUGUCAGGGCUUGCCAGGGCCCUGUGAGAGCCUUGACUCCUCCUACUGGGAACAGGAGGAGUCAAUCACCACACAGCUCUAAACUCUCAUUGGCUGCACAAACAGUAUGCUGCAAUGAGAAAGGCAGACCUGACAUGUCUGUAUUCAUAUUAAUAUAGGCAACGGACAGCACUUGUACAUACAGUAUAUUCAAUUUGCUUUUAUUACAUCAACCUAUAAUUAGCAAAUAAGUAGUCUUUAAAUACUGUAUUGAGAAUGUUAAUGAUUCAGUUUCAGCAAUAUGGGAGUGCAUUUGAGUCAAUAACUCCUAAUGCAGUGCUUUCUUUUUUUUUUUUGUUACAAGUACACACCAAAUAUCAUUUGCAUAUAUACUCAACAGCUACAUAUAGCGAUCACAUCAUCUCUCAUGGAAUUUAUUUAAUAAUGCUUCCCUCAAUUCUAAGGUGUUGUGUAAAAAAUGCAAUCUGAUCUUGAGAAAAAACUAUAAAUUCAACAACCGUUUGGAAGCAAAUGGAAAGAGAUCAAAUUGGCUGAGACAAAACAUCUCAUUCUUGAUGAUCUUGUGCCAUAUUAGGCAUUUGCAACAUUGCCAAAAAUGCCAGUGUGCCCUUAUAUAAAUUAACCCUUACAUAAUUUUGAGCAGAAGUUUCAGAAUAAUAGAACACUAAAAGUUCAGACAGCAUGAUCUUCCCUUACAAAGAUUAUUCAUUUGUUUCUAUGCAUUAAAAUAAGGGUAGAUUAAAUACAAAGCCCCAGAGGAAGAAGCCAAACUUUUGACUCUUGAGAAACACAGAACCCUACAAACAUUUCAUGCAAAAAGCCACAUUUGGAAAUAAGCAUCUGAACAAUAAUUACUUGUGCAUGUACUUCUUGUUUAGACAAGAAGUGAGCAUGUCUACAGUGAAUGGCUCUAAAAUAGUUAAGAAGAAGCAAAUAUAAAAUGAGAAAAAUAAAUGAAUGCAUCAAGUCAGGUCAAGCAUAUUAAGAUUGUGAAAGGUAUUCAAAUGUUAUUCAUUAUCAUCUAAUUUUAAUCUAUACAACGGAAUCUAAUUUUCAAUAGCCACUAUACUCUUCGGUAAUUUUAGUAAUAAUUUGAUCUUUUAUGCCAAUAGGCAAAGUCAAAAUGUUGACUUAACUUUUAUGAAGCUUUCAGUUUUUUAAUGAAAUUAUUUUUCUACAUUUUGCAUUGAUAAAACAGGUUUCAUUAUGCUUUUGUCUCAUGACAAUGGAUUAACUUUGACUUACAGAAACUUGGCUUGCUUUCAAUUUCUAUAAUUUCCCAAUAGAUGAAUGAAAGAUAGCAUAGAAAAUAGGUCACAAAUUCAAAGCUAACAAAACUAAUUAACAAGGUAUAAUAUUUUUAUUCCAAUUAUAAUUUGCAUG